GACGCGUUGGGACACGGAAGGCUGAGUUGGCAACACUUCCACACUCACUAUACAUCGUCUACGACUGUAAUCAGACAACACCUGGAUCAUAUCGAAGGAAGGCUGAGACAAGAUCAGAGCAACCGCGGUAUUUAACGACACUCCGACGUAUAUCUGGCGACAAGGAUGGGCAGUUUGCCAGGCAAUAAGGAUGGCGCGGUCUCCAUGGACACGCCCCAGUCAUCUGGAAGUGACACAGAGACGACAGAUGAUCGAAGCCCUGACACCGCAACAUCGAAAGUGGGAAAGAAUACCUCUUACACCACCACCACUGUGAAAGGAUCGGAGAACAGCACAGUUACAGACAGCACCGUAAUUGGAGCUGCACAUGGCUGCACAUUUAAUCAGGGCGAGAAACAAAAGGAAAGACUGUCCUGUAUCAUCACUGAGGGUGCGAAUCCAAAACUUAAGAUAUCAGUUCCCGCACAAGAUGGAGGAACAUUAAUUUACGUUGAUUGUUCCAACGCUACAUUUCGUGACUGGUACUACUGUCAAAAUGUCGACAUCGAAAAAGCUUUCGCGUCAAUAUGGACCUUUGGAAAUAUUUUCGACGGUUUCAAAGCACCCAUUAUCAAUGGAGAAACCGGUGAUGCUUUCUUCGACCUAACUGCAAAGUUGAUGAAACGUUAUGGCUGUCUGUUGUACAAAGUUUACAAGAGAUGUCUCGUCAUAGAAUUUCUACAUGAAACAGAAGAAGGCAGAAACAAAAUGAUCAAAGAACAAGACACAGUGAGACAAAUGUUUCAAAAGUUUUUGGAAAGCGUUGAACCAAAUGCCCCAGUCUGUACUUUGGAAGUGAAAGGAAUAGAAACUCCAACUUUAAGUGCCAAACCAGAUACCGCUUCAAAAUAUACUGGGCAUGACGUCAGCUUGGAUUCAACACCAUCACGCCCACAAGCUCGAUCACCAGAGAUAGAGGAAGAACAGAUGUCUGAAUUCGAAUCCUAUCUUCUGAGAGAGAAAACGCACCCAGAGCAAACUGGGCAAGGCGUCAGGGUGUCCUUAACAUAUGCAAGCAAACAACCUCGAAAACAGUGGAUGAUACCUGAAACGUUCUUUAAGAAAGAACAGUUUGAUGCAGAGGAGACGGACAGAGGGACAUUCAUUGAGCUCGGCGACAGAUCUGACUGUAAAAUAUGCUUGGGUGUGCGUCAUGAUUGUGAAGAUGACCUGUCAAGGUUGGAAAACGUAUUCUUCACUCAUGUGGACCAUCCUAAGACACCCAUGACUGGGAGCACUUUCAAGCUUCAAUUCUCUAAGAUACUGACUGCUAUUGGAAAUUCCCAUGGUGGUGUUCUUAUACUUCAUGGGUCCAACAUACCUGGUUCCUUGGAUUUUCAGGAGUAUAUUAAUCGAAUUAUUGGUUCAAUCUUCACGCAGGAAAUAGAUCAAUGUGAAGUAUUUAAAACACAAAAGAUCGGAAAGUAUAAGUAUAUGUUGAGAAUAGACGUCGAGCCAUCAGAUAUUUUUCUCACGCUUGAUUACAAAACAAAGUUUUCUGAGGACAAAUUGAGAAAUGCCUCAAACGAGAAAGUCCGGCGCCGCCUGUUUUCUUCGCGUAUAUCAGAGAGUUCAAAUGCUGAUUUGAGGGGUAUUUUCUCCCAGCAUCAAAAUCGAGGAGCUUUGAGGUUGAACUGUCAGAAAGACUAUGCCGUGUCUCCUAUGCAACCUGGGCUCUUACAUACCCUAGUGAGUGAGAUGACUAGACUAUCUGUUCCUGAACAUGUAUCGGCCCUCUCAAAGAAAAAGAACGGCGGAACAAUACACGUUGUUUACUCCGAGCUCAAGUUUGAUGAGAUUCCUCUGGAUCUACAAAAGCGUAUAAAGGAUCAUCUGAUGCAAGCAAUGAUGGAGAAGUUCCGUAUUCAGAAAAACAAACAUUCAAAGCAUUUACUUCAAGUCUCUGAUGUGUUUUACAUAGAAUUAUCCAAAGAUACGGAAACUGGAGGCUGCAUUAUAGAGAUCGCUGUGGGACAUGUCAAUGGCUGUGUGUUCUACGACCCUGAAGGACCCGAAUCGUAUACAAUUGAAGGGGACAAAUGUGUUCGACUGCCCUUUAGAAAAUGGAUUGAGGAAGCCUUUGAGUGAACGCGACAGUGAGGAAUCGACGACCUAAAAUAAGGCCAGAAAUUCUUGGAAAAUGCUUUAUGGUUUGAUUAUCAAUAUGAUGAAAUUGACACAAGAUAAAAGCACAUAUAUGAUACAUGUACGACUCUACCUAGUUGGAUAUUAAAGCUCAGGUGAA